CAGUCCGCACUCAGGCAGCUUCCCUCAGACUCAUCUACAAUGGCUAAAGUUCUGCUUUCCAUCGUUGUGGCCAUGUUAGGAGUGGCCCACGCACAAGUGGGUUACAACGUGCCAACUCCCAAUGGGCCCGGAUACUCCUACGGCGCCCCGGAUCUCCAGGCGGCCGCCUCCAGCUUCGACGUCGCCGCAGCCGAGGACCCCAUCGCCGCCCUGGCCGCCAACAUCCCCGGCGGAGGCGUCCCUGGCGAGGAUUACCCCAUCCUGGCCUCCGUCCCCGACACCGGCUUCUCCUGCGAGGAACAACAGUUCCCAGGCUACUAUGCUGACACCGCCCCGGAGGCCGGCUGCCAAGUGUUCCACAUCUGCCAGUUCGACGGCCGCCAGGACUCCUUCCUGUGCCCCAACGGCACUAUCUUCAACCAGCAGUACUUCGUGUGCGACUGGUGGUUCAACGUGGACUGCGCCGCGUCCGAGCAGUUCGUCAGCCUCAACGCCGACAUCGGGAAGGUCCCCGACAACGUGGCCGCCGCCUCCGACGCCUCCCUCGCCACCUCCUACGGCGCUCCUCAGGCUCAGGCCUCAGCCCAGGUCCCCGUGCAGGCUCCCAACCAGUUCUACGGCGCCCCUCAGGCUCAGGCCUCGGCUCAGGUCCCCGUGCAGGCUCCCAGCCAGUUCUACGGCGCUCCCAAUGGCUUCUAGAAUACACAGCAAAAUCCCUAAGGUCUCAGAUCAGUGAUUUAAUGUCUUAUAAGUUCACAUAGAAUGACCAUUAUUUUUGUACCAUAAUAUUUAUUUUAGAAUCUGUAAAUGCACUGGAAUAUAACA